UUUGAGAUAAAAUAGCUCGACUUGGUGUCUGAGAGAUUCAGUUGUUCGCAAACGUUCUAGCCGCAAGUUUGAACAGCCGAUCAGGCAUAGAACGGAUAUACAAAAUACACAGAAUCUACAAAAUAUAUUAACAGAUCAUCGAAAUGCAAUACGUUAUUGGAUUGCUGUGCCUGGUGGCUGUAGGAGUCAAUGCAGCUCCCGCUGCUAGUAGUAAAUACUUUUCGGCGAACGAUUUGCCGAAAUGCUCAACGGACGAGGACAAGCUUGGGGAGUGCAUCAAGGAGAUAUUCAAUACGGUGACGCCUCGUCUCAAGGACGGCAAUCCCGAGCUGAAAAUCCCGCCCUAUGAGCCCUUCCAUCUCAACCGCACGAGCUUUCAGUACUCCAGUGGGACUGUCAACGGCCGUAUCACCGUCCGGAAUGCCAAGAUCUACGGAUUCGCGGCCAACACCGCCAAACAAGUGAGCAUCAAGGUCAAUGGCGACAAAGUCAAGCUGCGCCUGGUCACCUACAUGCCCAAGAUGAACAUUGUGGGCAGCUACAAGGCCGACAUGCAGGUGAAUCAGCUCCAGCUGAAGCCCAAAGGCGAAUUCAACGUAACGCUGAUGGAUGUGGAGACGACCACGUUAACUGAAGGAGAGCUGUACGAGAAGGACGGGCAUCGGUUUUUGCGCCUCACCGGCAUCGAUACAAAGCCAAAGAUUGGAGAUUUGACCAUCAAAGCCAAUGGAAUUUUCCCAGAUCCAGAACUGGAUCAAAUAGCCCUCAAUGUCGCCAAUCAAUAUUGGCGCGAUAUCUAUGGAAUCAUGCUGCCUGAGACGCGUCAGUAUUGGCAGCCCCUCUUACUGCGCAUGUUCAACGAGUCUCUAGAACUGGUUCCCAUCGAUCAGUUUAUCAAGGAGUAGUUCAAUUAGUUAUAGUUUUACAAUUUGUGAUGAUGGCUUUAUAGUGCAUAAAUAAAUGAUUAUAUUGCCAAGGUGCAGUUAAAUAAUAA